GUGCACCUGAGUUGAGAUGGAGCCGAAGUAAAGAUGUUUGCCCCUGACGUGUCUCAGAUGCACGUGAUUGAGCAUGGCAAGGGUCAGCUUGCCCAGAAAAAGUUUUCCUUUCUUCCUACAAGGAAUGUGUUAUCAGAGUCAGCGCGUAUUGCCCGUGGCAACAUUACAGACUUGGCCAAACUCAGUGUCACCAACCACGAUGCUAUCAUCUUCCCAGGGGGCUUUGGAGCUGCCAAAAAUCUGUCGACAUUUGCUGUGGAUGGGCCAGACUGUACAGUGAACAAAGACGUAGAGCGUGUUGUAAAGGACUUUCAUAAAGCUGGGAAUCCCAUUGGGUUAUGCUGCAUUUCUCCUGUGCUAGCAGCCAAAACGCUUCCCAGUGUAGAAGUCACAGUGGGCCAUGAGGAGGAAGAAGGGGGCAAGUGGCCCUAUGCCGGCACCGCUCAAGCCAUCAAGGCUGUAGGAGCCAAACACUAUGUGAAGGCGCAUCACGAGGCCCAUGUGGACCAGAAGAACAAGGUUGUGACGUCUCCAGCAUUUAUGUGUGAGACCAAGCUGCACCUGAUCUUUGAUGGGAUUGGAGCCAUGGUCAGCAACAUCUUGAAACUCAGUGGCAAGUGA